AUGAAACGCCGAGUGAAUCGCAAGAAAAAGGUUUAUUAUGACGAAUAUAUCUCUCCUGAUGAACGAGACGCGAAAACAGCAUCGUUUGGCGACAUUCACACUGAAUACCAUGGACGCACGCACCAUACCAUACGGAUGCCGCUGCCGCAAGGAAUUCAGCCUAUGCUUCCCACACCCCCUCCUCUAGGCUCUGUGGAAUCGCCUACUCCUCGACUUGAUUGGGUGCUGAGCGAAGAAUCUCCGUAUAGGAUUUUUGAUGGUGAUCUUGAGUUGGAAGAAAUGGCAGAAUGCGAAUUGGAGGCAUUGGGGCUAAAGAAUUAUCUCAAGCCAAACUUGAAGACUGGAGAUAAGGUUCAAGCUGAUCCUGAAGAAGAGGUUCCACAGAAAAAACGAAAAACACAAUCGACACAUCCCAUCCACUUCUGGACUCCGCAUAUUGACACCUACGUUGAAGAGUUUCUCCGGCUGGAGGGUAUUGGUGGGCAGGCAAAUCUCCAGAAAUGCUCUGAAAUUGGGUGUAUUUCGGACCUCGAAGCAGGCGCGUUUCGCUGCAAAGACUGUUGGAGCGGAUCUCUGUUGUGUCUCGCUUGUGUUCUCCGGUCUCAUUCGGUCAACCCAUUUCAUAGAAUCGAGGCGAGUGGGGUUGGCUAUGAUGAUACUGAAUUAUUGACAAAUUUGCAGGUCUGGACUGGACAUUACUUUCGCAGGACCAGCCUCAAGAAACUUGGAAUGCGAGUGCAGCUGGGACAUGAUGACUGUCCUAUACCAAUGGUAGCUUUCAACGACGAAUUUGUGGUCAUUGCGCGUACAGGAAUCCAUGAAAUUGCCUUAGACUACUGCGGGUGCCCUUCUGCACCAUCCAAGCCCAUCCAACUUCUUCGCGCCCGCUUAUUUCCUUCUACAGUAGGCGAUCCCAAAACAGCGGCUACAUUUGAUGUGCUGGAACACUUUCAGCUCCUUUCAUUUAACUCGAAGGUCUCGGGAUACGAGUAUUACUCUACAUUAUCACGGUUGACAGACAACACCGGCACAAAGGCACCACCAGACAGAUAUCCUGUCUUCUUGAGGAUCAUACGUGAGUGGCGUCAUGUACGUCUCCUCAAACGGAUGGGUCGAGGUCACUCUGAGACCGGUGUUAAUGGGACUAAAGAGGGUGAAUGUGCUGUUCUAUGUCCUGCAUGUCCCCACCCGGGCAUCAAUCUACCCGACAAUUGGAAGGAGAGGCCAGAAUCAGAACAAUGGCUUUAUUCUCUUUUUAUAGCUAUUGAUGCCAACUUUCGUUUGAAGCGAAUGAACGUAUCUACAGAUGAGCGAGACCCUGGGCUUAAUCAUGGAUAUGCCUAUAUGGUUGAGAGUUGCAAAUUCAAAAACUACUUGGCAAACUACGAUGGUCAAGUUGCAGAUGAAAAGAGCUCAUGCAAUAACCACGAUGCUAUCAAAUCGGCUAACUCACGAGGUGGACAUGGGACAGCAGCAAGUGGACUUGGUACAGCCGAAUGUAGUCGACACGACAUGAAGCGACCCGUGGCAGUAGGAGACUUACAAAAGGGUGAAAGAUACGUUAAUAUGGAUUAUUUCUUCUUAUCAACAAUCGCAGCCACACUUUUACUCCGUCUUGUUGUCUCCUACGACAUUGCCUGCCAAUGGUGGAUCAAUCUCAUGAAAAGGUGCCAAUUAUAUCCUAAGAAUGUGCUCUCCGAUCCAUCAAAUCUCUCCAUUGUCUACCUCGUACCAAAAUUCCACCUUGCUGCUCAUAUUCAGAAAUGCCAAACGUCUUUCUCUUUCAACUAUACUCCGGGAGUUGGGCGCACAGAUGGGGAGGCACCAGAGAGAGGAUGGGCAACGGCAAACGGUAUAGCCAGCAGCACAAAGGAAAUGGGGCCAGGGUCUCGGAACGACACAUUGGAUGACCAUUUUGGAGAUUAUAACUGGCGAAAAAUUAUCACGAUUGUUGUAACAUUUUUACGGAAAGCGAAGGAAGCUAUUCAAGAGCGACAAGAACAGGUCGAGGCGUUCAUUGAGUUUGACGCUGCAUUGCCAGAAGAAUCGACGUCGGAAUGGACCCAGAUGUGUUUGACAUGGGAAAAGGACUCCAGUCAACCGAAUCCCUAUGUGAUUCCGAAGAAUAGUUCUGUCAAGGAAUCCGAUGUUCGUCUUCAAUUAGCUCGUGAGGACUCAGAUGCAUUAAAACGCGGAGAGAUGACUACUUUACAUGAGGAAGUAACUCCGAGUGUCUUGAUAUCACAGGGCUUACAGCUUGAGGAAUCACAAGCACGACUUGCGCUUGACAUCUCCAAACUUGGAGCCCAUUCUACGAACAUCCAACAGACUAAAAUUCUCGAACGAUCAAACUCAUUAAAACGACGCAUUGAUGCUUGGAUAAAUAUACAGCACCUUUAUAUGCCUGCAGUUGCAGCUCUGCGUGCGCGCGAAAACUUGCAGGCUGAGACACCAGUAGCGGUACAGGAUAUCAAGCUAUAUUUGCCUUCCUACAACACAGAAACCAUCCGAUUUUCAUCCCACAUAUUGCUAAAAUGCGAAUCGCAGUACCGAUAUGCCCAGGCUGAAGAUUGCCUCAACAACCUCCGUGCUUUCUUACUCCUUCGCUCACAUAUGCUAAACUCAAAAAAGCGACACUCACGAGGACAGCGUAUGCAGACAAGAAGCUUGACGUUGCUCGCAGCUGUUGAAGAAAAGAUUAAAUUUGCAACAGCGCGAUACAAUGUUGCGUAUCAAGCUCUUGAUUUGCUUUCAACGCCAACGGUAUACUACACGUGGCGUGAUAUCCUUCGUCCACUGCUGGACACUGAUGUUAGAGGACUGAGCUCUAUGGACGACUCUGGAAGUGAAGGCCGCAAGAAACUGUCCUGGAUAUGGAAGGUACACGGUAUGGGCGAAGACGCCGAAAAGUGUACACAGGCAGCUCUUCGUAUCGAAUGGUGCAAAGCCCGUGCACGCGCACAUCGCUGGCAAGAGGAGUGUGUAUUAUUAGCAGAGGAGAUGCGCCGUGUUAUUGCUUUUUUUGCUUGGCAAGCCGCUCAGUGGGAUUCUCGUGCACAGGAUAUCAUCGACUCGACGGAUGUACCUAACCGAGAUGCACAAGCUAUCAAUUCUGGUAAGAUUGCUUAUGCAAAGAAACAGGCAGAUAUACGACGUGAUAUAGGUGACCGUUGUGCGAAACAAUGGGAUGGUGUAACAGAGAAGUUGACGACCAUGUCAGAAGGCCGUAAUGCAUACAAAAUGGUUGAGUGUCACUAG